CUCACGAGAAUGGGGAGGCACGGCCUUGUCCUCCUUUGCGUCGUGAAGGCGGAUCUGACUCCCUACAUUGACCAAGAUGCCCGGGUGUGGAACGCGACAGGAGCACCAGUGGUCGUGCCCUUAAGCGGCCCGGAACAGCACUUUCUGAGCAUCUUCUCAGGCCAUAAGGUACAGCCCACCAUCGGCCUUGGCGGGGCGAGGGCGACACUGUCGUAUCGCGAGUCGGGGAUAUCUGUUCAUGUCGACGGGACCGCUGGCCACCCCCUCCCAGCCUUCACACAGCACUACCUAACCAUCGCCUGUUAUUACGGCGCACAUAGAGUGCCCAUGUGUGAUGUGAAUGCCGGGGCAAACGAUACGCCUGGCAAACGCCUUUUCAUGAGUGAGAUGCCACGAAGUUUGGUGAUUACGGGUCGCGUCAGAGACUACUUCUACGUCCUCCUCCAUGCCCACAAUCCUAACCCCAACCCCACGUCUGAUCCAAAACAGUCUGCCCAAGCGCCUCAAAAUGGUGGAGUCGGCAUUCUGUUAAGUGUCUUGCUUGUGGUAGUCACACUGGUCCUUGCUGUAGCUGUGGCAGUAGCUCUCUAUUUGCAGUGCAAGGAAUACCUACGGCGUGAGGACGAGGUAAUGGUGGCAGCGAAAAGUGGCCAUUACCGUCAAGGAGUGGAUAAAUUACUCCGCUUUUACGAACUCCCAGCCACACUGCGAGACACUGACGGCAAGACCAUCCUGCAUCAUGCUGUCUCUGCGAAGGAUGAUAAUGGCUAUCCUAAAUGGACGCUGGAAAGUUUGCGCUCUCUGCUAGAAAACCAUGACUGUUAUGUAAGUACCCGAGACUACGAAGGUAAGCAGAUUUUGCAGCCCAUCGCUUUCCAUGUUUUGCAUUAUUCUGAAUCAUGAGACUAACACAUUAUUUUUUACUUUCAUUCGGAAAAAUGUUGGAACAAAUCUCAGUUUUUUAUUCCCGUUUUUACUGACAUGCAUUAACUACGUAGAGAUUAAAUAAACUCAGUUAGCAAUAACGUCUAAAUCGCACGUGUCUUCACGUCGUGGCGGAAGCGGCUACUUCAGGCCGCUCUCUGCUGCGAGAUGGCCGAUAUGCCGAAGGACCUAAAGUAUGGAUAGAUAUGGCCAGGAUUCUAAUAGAAUUUGGCUGUCGCUCAGUUCACGACUGCUCAAAACAAUUACCUCAUGAAAUCGCAAAACAAAAUGGAAAUGUUCAGCUAUCAAAUUACCUACAACAGGAGUAUUAGAACUGGGUCAAUGUUAACACAGAAGACAGCUAUUCAUUAAAAGAACUUGCUGCUGCUGCUCAAGAAAAUUAUGUAGAAAAACUAAGAGAGUUAUCACUGAACACAGUCAAUAUCCUUCCUCUGGAUGCCAAUCAAGACCCCUUGAUAGAAGCGGUGAAACGAGGAAGCCUAGAGGCUGGCCUGAUGUUGUUGUGCGCCGGAGCUCCUCUUUGUGGCUUGCCUUUAGAGUGCAUCACACCCUUGGAAGCUGCUCAGGACAGAAGUAAUCUUCCAGCUCUCCUGCCUGCCAUUUUGAGAAAGGAAUACGUCAACAAGCUGCAGUAUGAAGCCAGUUGCAUAACAGGAAACAAUACGCAACAAGUAGAAUUACGAAAAAAUAUAGAAGAACUUGCAAUGGAUAUUGAAAAAAUUGGCCCUAAAACCACAUGGAGAUUCGCCAGAGAAUGUGAACACAAAAGUGACCGCAGUAUGAAAGGCUAGAGAGUUACUCUGCACUGCUGCAUGACUUGGACUUUCGCUGUCAUGUU